UUCACCAAAAGCUCUUAAUGAUGCCUGUGUCCUAUGCGUCUCCUUUUAUGUUCCUUCAGGCAAUCAACGUUGGGUUGGCAACCGUUUUAGCCAUAGCCAUCUCCGUUUCAGGCAAACCCAAUGGCUUGUUGGCGCAGAACGUAAUAGAUGCUCCUUUAUUGACGCAAAAAAUUGGCACAAAUCACACCAUCAAGGUCGAUAUUAAUGGCCAGGGAGAUUUCACCUCUAUCCAAGAAGCCGUUAAUGCGGUUCCUGACAACAAUUCUAAUUGGAUUAUCAUCCAUGUAAGGAAAGGAGUGUACAGAGAAAAGGUGCGCAUUCCAAAGGAGAAACCUUAUAUAUUCAUGAGAGGGAAUGGAAAAGGAAGGACACACCUUCUCUGGUCCAUGAGCUCUGUUGAUAAUUAUGCGUCUGCCACAUUUAUCGUAGAAUCCCCCCACUUCAUUGCUUUUGGUAUCAGUUUCAAGAACGAGGCUCCCACUGGGGAAGCUUUUACCUCGCAGAACCAGUCGGUGGCGGCAUUUGUGGGUGCAGACAAGGUUGCAUUCUACCACUGUGCAUUCUACAGCACUCACAACACUUUAUUUGAUUAUAAAGGCAGACACUACUAUGACAGCUGCUACGUACAGGGUUCAAUUGAUUUCAUCUUUGGACGUGCAAGGUCCAUUUUCCAUAGCUGCGAGCUCUUUGUGAUUGCAGACAUGAGGGUAAAAAUUCUUGGGUCCAUCACCGCCCAUAACAGGGAAUCAGACGAUGAUAGUGGAUUUGUUUUUGUUAAAGGGAAGGUUUACGGUGUCGGUCAUGUUUUUUUGGGAAGAGCUAAAGGUGCCUAUUCUAGGACUGUUUUUGCAAAUACCUACCUUUCAAAUGCCAUUGCACCACAAGGCUGGACCAAUUGGAGCUACAUUGGCAGCACAGAGAAUAUUUUCCAAGCAGAAUACAAAUGCCAGGGACCAGGAGCCUAUCCAGCCAAUCGUGCUAAGUGGGCGAAACAACUCACAGAUGAAGAAGCCCAACAAUUCUUGUCCAUUGAUUUCAUAGAUGGCCAGGAAUGGCUGCCAGUUUGGCUGUGAAAUUAGCAAAUAUUUUUGGAUGCCAUUUGUACCAUGCACCAUUUAAUUGUUCUAAAAUUAAGUUUUAUUCAAUUUUCUCAAAACAUCUUCUGCAGAACUUAAUCUGUUAUUCCAAUGUAUACACUGCUAUUUCUUCUUCUACUCAAAGAAUGCUGAUGAAAAUUGGCAUAAUUCAUUUUUGUUAUAUUUUCCCUUCGUUGUUUAAUU